AUGGAGGAGAUGGAUAUUGUAAAACCAGGUAUAUUAAGACCACCAACUGUGUUGGAACAAAUCUUGGAAGCUCAACCUGAAAAACUACCAGACAAAUCCAAUAUUGUUCAUCAUUUCGAGUUUGAAUUGGAAACAUUGCGUACUGAUAUCUACCAAAAAGAUGAUGGCAAAACUUAUACAGCCCUCCCCAAGACAAGAGUCAAACGAUCAGACGAGCCAGAAAGAACAUUAAACAUCACUGCCAAAAAUGAUGAAGUUCCCGAGUAUGACAUCUUCAAGGAGUUUACAAAUGAUGCCACUGGUGAUGCAGAGGGUAUGGCCAUCCUCAAGAACAUGUCUAUUUUUGACAACAAGGGAAGAAACGUUGUCAAAGAAAGAGCUGAAAAGUAUAUGAUUGAAAAUAUCCUUUAUUGUACUGAUCCAGCAAUCUUGGCAUUAUUUGAUAUUAAAAAGCCAGAUCUAGCUGGCUCGAGAUUGGACCUUCUCGAUACUGAUGACCGUAAAAGUUUCUACAAAGAAUUAUCAGUUCCAUUCAUUGCCUAUGUUCUUGCUGAAAAGAACCCAACCGAUCCAAUUGUCAGUAGAAUCAGUGUCUCAAAAUGCCUUGAAAAGUUAAAGAGUGUAAUGUUGGAACACAAGGGAAAAAAAGAUAUGUUUAGUAUCCAUGCAAGAUUUUUGUUUGAAUACGCAUUUUAUGAAUGUAGACCGUGGAUGGGUACCUUUUUAAGAAAUCCUGAUAGAUGGUCUCGUCUCUUUUACUUGUAUACCAGAUCAGAUGCAUUCUACAAAACUUGGGAUUCAUUGUACAUAAAGGAGAAUGCUAGAACAAGAGAAGAUUAUUUUGCUGAAAUACAAAAUGUUAAGGCCAUUCUCAAUGUUCUUGAACCACUUGGCAAAUAUGCCAACGAUGCAGUAUUCUAUAUGAAUGUUCACACUAUGUUUUAUUAUAUGGGUCCAUCUCUUAAGAAAAAUGAUGUUAUUGACAAGGCACUCAAAGAGAGUGUAGCAGUUCUCAUGAAAAGAAUCAAGGAAAAGGGUAGCCAAAGCCAUCAGAAUGUGAUAACAUCUUUGUCGUUCAGCGCAGGAAUGGGUGGAGCAACAACUGAAUUCCACAAAGCACUUGUUGAGAUUCAAUACCAAUUACUUGAUGGCGUCGAUUUUACAAAGGGACCUGCUGCCUUUCUUGAUGAUCUUGGUAACAAGUUUUAUGCCAAACUCAAGGUUAAAUGUCCAUCGCUCGUUUAUAAUCUUGCCUUUAAAAAUGUUUGUUUGGCUAUAUUCCGUGGUUGUCAAGCACUUUUGAUUGGAUAUACAAUUUACAACAGAAAGUCAUUGGAUACUUUUAGCAAGGCAUACUUUACACUUGAUUCUAUUGGAGUUGUUUUAGACGUUGCUACCUCUAUAAAUGCUGGGAACGAAGGAUUCACAGAGAUUGGAACUUACAUUGGCAAGCUUCUCAGAACCAUUCCAAAUGCUGAACUUCAAACUGCAUUUGAUUACAUCUUUGUUGCCGAUGCUGCUUCUUUUAUUUUAACUAGAUUUACUCCAGUUUUACUAGGUAUUUCAUUUAUCAAAUCUCUUACCGAUACUGUUGAUGAUCUGAAAGAAGGAGGAUGGGGAAAAGCCGUUUUUGAUGGAGUAACAGCAUUUAUCUCUCUUGGAGCAGCUCUCUUGUUAUUUGCUGGAGUCGCAUGGAGUGGACCUUUGGCAUUGUUGACAGGUGUGACAGUUGUAGUUAUACAAGGUGCCAAAUCACUCAUCUUUGACGAUCCAAGUGAGACCAAACAAUUCUUUGAUAAAUAUCUCCCUGCUGAUUUAAAGAGAACUUCCCCAACUGAUAAAGUAUACGUACCAACCAUCUUAAUUAAUGGUUAUAACAAAUAA